CCAUAAGAUGGAUUCAUUGAAUUUCCUUGAGUUCCAUGUAGCCUCCGAGAUCACGCCAGGGCCCACGCCAAAGGGGAGAACACAUUCUCAAAUUGCCCAGGAAAAUGAUCAACUUCAAAAAGACAUGAUUCGCAACGGAUAUAACAAUCUACCUCUUGAUGACACAGUCAGCAUGGAGAGCGUGAAUGAAGUCUGCUUGCACCCGGCUUCAGAAAACGACAAGGAGGAGAAGCAAGAGCAGGCCGAUCGAUCUCUUCGACAAUCCUCGAUUGCCACCGCGCAGAAUAAUCUCCAGACCAUCAAUAAGAUUCUGGAAAGGUUGAGACUAGAAGACGAGGAUAUCCAGCCCUUUGCUGUCGUCGAAGAGGUCAUGCCCUCGUCUCCUGCUGAGGAAGGAGGCAUGAUGGUGGGUGAUCGCAUCAUCGCCAUAGGGAGCGCCGACGCCUCCUCAGUGAAGAGGUUCGGGGUAUCCCUUGUGGGAGAUGCUGUGGAGCGGAUGGAGGGACAGGAGCUAACUCUCCUCAUCAGUCGCGUCAACAGAGUCACGGGGAGGGAGUUGCGAGAGCUUCCGUUGAAGAUUGUGCCGAGGAGAUGGGGAGGGGAGGGUCUGUUAGGAGCACGAUUCGUGAGGUUGACACCAUGAAGGGCGAUUCUUCGCUUUCUUGUCAUUGUCUCUAUAUUGUU